AAUCGGCAUGCAGUCAUGAUUUUUAAUGAUAAUCAGGGCAGCGAGCAUAGGAUACAGGAGGUUACGCUGGAGAGGGUGCGUGAGUACAAAUAUAUUGGAGUGGGGAUAAACAAUGGGGCUGAGUACCUAACGGAACAUGAAAAAUAUGUAACGGCUAAAGGUAGCAGGAAUGCAGCUGUGAUGAAAAAUAGGGCACUGUGGAAUUACAAUAAUUACGAAGUGGUGAGAAGUAUUUGGAAAGGGGUGGUGGUCACUAGUUUGACUUUCGGCAAUGCGGUCCUGUGCAUGAGAUCAGAGGUUCGAGCAAGGUUGGAAGUUAAGCAGCGAGGGGUAGGUAGACUUGCUUUGGGAGCACACGGAAAUACACCAAAUCAGGGGGUACAGGGUGACAUGGCAUGGACGUCAUUCGAGGGCAGGGAAGCUAGCAGCAAGAUAGAAUUUGAGGAGCGAUUGAGAGAAAUGGCAGAAAAGCGGUGGGCAAGGAGAGUUUUCAGUUAUUUGUACAUGAGGAAUGUAGAUACAAAAUGGAGGAAGCUGACCAGAAAACUGUCAAUCAAAUAUUUCGACUGCAGGAGGGGUGCAAACCAGGAAACAGCGGUUAAGAAAAAGGUUAAGGAAACAGAGAGGGGUCUGUGGAAAACAUGGAGGCAGACGAAAUCAGCACUGCGAACAUACAGAACUUUCAAGCAAGAAAUUGCCAAAGAAAACAUCUAUGAUAAUUCUAGGGGAAGCUCUUUGUUGUUUGAAGCCAGGACGGGAGUAUUGCGGACUAAGAUGUACCGAGUCAAGUACCAAGGUAUAGACACGUUGUGCAGUCCGUGUGGAGAGGAAGAGGAAACGGCUGAACACCUCAAACGUUUCUGCAAUGGCAACGGGGCUGAUUUUUUCAAAGCAUUGGGGUUUAGAGAUAGUGAAGGCAAAAUAGACUUUAAGCGGGUAGAAAUAACCAAACAGAGGUUAUCUGCUAAAAUCAAAGCAAGGGUGAAAUUUCACCCACCACAGACCACACUUACCUUGGGGGACCACCGGCUUUCCCGUGUCUCACUGGGAGCGCGGGGGACGCCUCAGGGUGCUGUGCCGUCUCCUAUCCUCUUCAACAUAGCCCUUCUCCAACUCCCCAACCAACUCUCCCAAGUCUCCCACAUACAUUUCAGCUUCUAUGCCGAUGACAUCACUGUCUGGGCCAACCGAGGCAGUGAUGCCGACAUGGAACACAACCUGCUGUCGGCCCUCAAUAUCACUGAGUCGUACGUUCACGCGCACGGCCUAGCCUUCUCCCCUUCCAAAUCAGAACUUUUCCUCUACCGCCCCAGGCCGCACGACCCCGUCAGCCGUUCCAUCUCACUCAUGCUAGGGAACCAUCCUAUUCCCCUAGUCUCUAACAUUCGCAUCCUGGGCCUCGUCCUUCACUCCCACGGCGCGCGCUGCGACACCACCCAAGCUCUCCGGACACAAACCCAACAAGCCACUCGUCUCAUUCGGCGCGUGGCACAUCUACACGCGGGUUUACGAGAGCGGAACACUUGCCGCCUGACCCAAGCCUACAUCACGAGCCGCACGGCGUACGCAUUUCCAUACCUUCCCCUAAAGCAGAAGGAGAGGGACCACAUACACGCACUCCUCAGGAGCUGCACGAAAGUCGCCCUCUGCCUAUCCCCCAGCACCUCGACUGCCCGGCUCCUGAACCUCGGUGCCCACAAUAGGCUUGAGGAGCUGGAACAAGCAACCCUAAGAGCACAGCUUACACGCUUGUCGGGCUUCCUUGGUAACGAGGAGGUCCACUCCCUCGCCCGAGGUCUUGCUUUCCGGGCUGGAGUCGGACCCCCUCCGCCAGCCCUGUAG